UCGCCGCCGCCCCCGUCGCCGCCACUAUCUAGGAUCAAUGAGCAGACCUUUCGCCGGCCAACGUGCGCCCUCGUCAGGCACCAACAUAGCCUGUGUAUCCCGGCCACGGCCGUAGCUGUGCGGGCACUCACCGCCUCGACUGCUUGGCGCGCCCGCCUAAACACAACAAGCGGGUAGGCCUAAUCAAUCUCGAGGCUCGAGGCUCUAAGCUAGACGGGCGAGCUCUUGCCCUCGUCGCAAGGAUUCGAGGGACAGACGGCACGACGCAGCCGUUGCUCCUGGCAAAGCUUCUACCUCACCAACGAGACCCUGCGACCUAGAGCCGCGUUGCGCAACAUGAUGAGAGUCACCAACCUGGCCACGCCAACUGUCCGGGAGCGACAGGGCCGAGAGGCCACGACCCCCUCGCCUCGUCAUAUCAGCGGCAGCUCCAUGCCCCCUCCUCCUCCUCCUCCUCCUCCUCCUCCCCUCCCAUCUGCCACUGCUGUCGUUCAUCCUCGUCUGCCUCCCCUCUCUCCUACCUUGCGAGCCAGUGCUCUCAAUCCGAGAUACCCUCGCGGCAAACGCGCAGUUGCGGCACCCGUUCCUCAGCACCACAGCGUUGUCCUCAAUCAAGAGAGACCGACUAGCCAAUCUCGCAGCUCAUCACCUGCAAUGCUCGACAACGAGAUGUCUCCCUGCCCGAAGCGCAGCACACCCCCACCCAUGAUCCUCGAGGAACAUCACGGCGAUGACAGCGAAGGCGAGGAGCAAGCUGAGCGCAGCAGAGAGGAGCGCAUGCACAAGUCGCCUACGCUGAGCCAGCCUCAUGGAUGGCAUACAAAGGGUUUAGCACCAGACAGCAGCUCACAAUCGUCCCUUCUGCCCACCGGAUGGAGUCCUAUCACCGCAUGGUUCUUCAACAAGAGCAGCGCAGGCUUGCCGCCUGGCUCAGCUCGGCUUCCCACGCCUCGCUGGGCUGGUGGUAGUCACGAGCCUCUCACGCCCUCGGUAUGGCUCGCUCAAGACGGCACAUCCAUGACGACGUCGACGGGUUUCACGCCUACCUUUGCGCAGGCGCCGUAUAAUCAGGGCUCACCGGACGUGGCACAGUCGUACAAGUGGCAACCACCCUUUUCGUCGUCACUUCACCAUCCCAACCACCUUCAACCUUGGGCCAAUACUCCCCAUGUCAGCGAUACCACUGCUUCGAGCGAUGCUAGCUCUGUUCCUCUUCACGAUGCGCACCAAGGUGCGCUGGAUCGGACGUCCAACGGCCACGCCGACUUUGUCGCUCGACCGGCUGGCGCCGAGCCCGUCUCAAGUUCCCUUACCACGGUCACCACGAUGACAUCGAGGACUGAUCUCUGUACCGGCACCGGCAGCCUGAAUGGCGGUGCUCGCCCUCCGCUUGCUUCGCCCGAACGGGCAAGCACCUUUCGUGGUCCCGAGUCGGCCACCUUCAGUGGUAACAGCCAGCAGUUCUCGCCUUAUAAUGGUUCAUUCUAUCCCUCGGCGCCGACGAUCAACAGCGAUCCAGGCAUCACCGUGACGGGCUCUCCUCAUCACGGCUGGCCGGUGCCCACUUACGAGCCCCUCCGACCGCUGUCGCACACGCAGUUCAACCCCCACAUUCGAGGCAAUGAGGUCGGUCCUCUGCCCGGUCAGCCACUCAUUGGCUCUCCUCCCAUGGCUGCUCGAGCUCCACGCAGCCGUCGGAUUGAUGCCAGCACGGGCAGUAUUGGCGGCGACGAAGGUCUCGGCGCUAGAUCCUCGUAUGGCUGGCCAAGCAAUGACGGUGUGCUGGCCCACUCCAGUUCCUCACCACACCACGGCUACCAGCUGCAGCACCAUCACGCAGAUGCUCACCAGUCUCCGACGCGCAAAAGCUCAAAUUGGCCAGCCUGGGGCCAGUCAAGCAGCUGCAACAACAACGUCAAGACGUCUGACGACGAAGGCCAGAUGAGCCCGUACUCGCCCAGCCAGGACGGCCACUCAUCGGGCAACGAUAACAGUCUUGAGCGCCACUUGACGUUGCGAGAUAAUGCUCACCACUACGUCAGUGACGCCGCUAAAUGGGCAGCCGUACAGGCACGCGACCCACAGGCCUCAGCUGCCUUCUUCUAUUGCGUCCUCUCGACCAAGAUCUUCUGUCGCACUACAUGCCCUUCACGUCGCCCGGUACGCAGCGGCAUCUUCUUCGUCGAAACAGCCAGCCAAGCCACCUCCCUAGGCUACCGCGCUUGUCGACGUUGCAAGCCGGACGUUCAAGGGGGAGAUCCACAUGAGGAACGCCAGACCCUUCUCAUCGGGCAGGUGCAAGAGCGCCUUUUGGCCAGCAUCCACCGCGGGUCGAAUGGCAAGGCGAGCAAGGGAAAGGGCCUGAAGUACAUUGCCGAGGAGCUCGGGGUGAGCCAUUGGCAUUUGCAUCGCUGCUUCAAGAAGAGGGUCGGGGCUACGCCUGAGGCAUGGGCCAAGGCGCAGGCUAAGCGAUUGAAGGGGCAGAUGCAGGCGAAUGGACAUGGGCAUCUACAGUUGGGCCAGAGGAGGUCGGCGAGACUUGGCGGUGGCGGGGUCGAGGGCUUCAUCGAGGGAGAGCAGAGCAUGCUCAUGGACGGUUCUCCCGUCACCCCUUCCAGCGCAGACCGCUCGAGCUCGUCGAUUGCGAUGAUGCACUCAACUUACCACCAUGAGCACCAUCAUCAUCAUCACCAGGAGGAGGGCGAUGACAAGUUACUGGCUCUGUCGCCUCGACAUUCGAUUGGAGCCAACAGCAGCGCCGCUAUUGGUGGCGGCGACGGGGAUCCUGGAGGCCCUGACUUCAUUGGGUACCCGCAGCGCUUCGGAGCCACAGGCACCGUCAUGACGUAUUGAGACUAAAGACGUACGGCCUCUGCGGUCCUUGCCAAUGAUUUGAGGUGCAGGUUGAUUCAGCGACUCUCGAUCUUCUCUCGCCCUCUCCCAUACCCACCCUUGCCUGCAGAGAUCUUCAUGCUCCUGGCCCUUCAUCAUUCAUCGAGCCAUUCAUAGUCGCCAUAUGCCCUGCUGGCUGUUGAUGUCAUUCACCAUCUCUAUAAAAAUGCGAUCCUGGUUACUCGUC